AUUGCACCAUAUGUGGUGUUUUGGAUCUGUCAAUAAGUACGUAAAAUAUCGCGAAAUAAAACAAUGAAAAUGUUUUCGUGUAUAUCUCAACUUGUGUAAACAUUUGACUGGAAAAUGAGUUGGUUUGAUACAAAAAAUUUCGCCACUUUGGCCAGUAAAGCACUCAAGGAAGCGCAAAAGAAAAUCGAUAAGGUCCUAGAUAUACAGGAGGAGGACUUACUUGCGGAAGAUGGAUCUUCAAAUCCUAAUAAUACUAGUAAUCCCGUUGAAUCCUGCGAUGAUAUUGUAAUAACAACCGUAAAAAAUACCGACAACGCAGAGCCACAAUUCCAAAGCAUGAAUAAAGAGACGGAAAUCAAUACACCUGCAUUUGAAAGUGACCAGUACUCACUGGACCAGGCGAUGAGUGAAGACCACGUUUCUCCAGAAGUAGAUGUAUCCGAUAAUCUGAAAACCGAUAUAGAUGUUAACUUACCGGAUAUAUCCAGCGAGGGUAUUGUCAUUAUUAAUGCAGAAGAUAACAAAUUGGAAUAUAGUGAAAAAAAUCACUUACAAGAUCCAUCGCAAACGAUCAGUUUGAAUGAAGAUGUUGGUAGACGAAUAUUUACGCAAUCCAGGGAAGAUAUUGCGUAUGAACUUCAAGCUAUUGACUCAGAUUCAACUCAAAGUUUUGAGGAUGUCCAGAUACAAUCAGCAAAAUGCGUUGAUGAGCACGAUAAGAAAAUUUCUACUAGACCACGUAAAAAUUGCAAGAGUGACAUAACUUCAGCACAUACUUCCAAUGAUGAAAUGGAAACAGCUACGUCCUCUGAUAUUGAAAUAAUUUCGAAUCCAAACGGCGACGGGUCAAGCACAGCAAGUAAUACAACCAGGACCAGCCCUUCGAAAAUUGAGAAAAUGUCGGGGAGCAAUACAGCUGUUAAGACGAACAGUUGCAUUUCGAAGAGUGGACAUUGUCGAGAACCUUCAGAAAUAUCGAUACUAUCAAUUGACUCACCUUCUGAAGAUGAAGUGGAAAAGUUACUGAAACGUAUAUCGGAGUUAAACGGCAUAAUUGAGGCCAGAGAAUUAAGUCUGCUUCAGUCAGAGCAGCAUAAUUCGCAGUUGCAAGAACGUAACAAUGAAUUAAUGUCAUUGGUAGGCAUGCAGCCCUCCGAAGAGUAUACCAAAAGGCUAUCAGCCUUAGAAAAAAAAUUUCAAAAUUGUAUAAGAGAACGUGAUGCUUUACGAACAGAGAUAAAGGAACUACAAAUGAAAAUGCCGAAAAAUGAUUUAACAGAUGCUUUGGCUGAAAGUCAAUGUAUGGUAGCAGAGCUACGUCAAGAAGGAGAAAAACUCUCCAAAGAAAUUUUGCAACAGUCUAAUAUUAUAAAAAAACUACGUUCGAAGGAAAAAACAUUGGAAGUGCAGUUAAAAACCACGAAAGAUCAAUACAUUUCCACUAACGAAGAGGUGGAGCGUCUAAAGAAAACCCUUUCAGCAAAAGAAGACGUAGAACGAACCCAAAUUGAAGCUGUUCAUAAAAUGUCUUCCGAGAACCAAAGGAUAGAUAAAGAAAAUAGUUUAUUACGAAGUAAACUCGAUGAUACCCAACAAAAGCUUAACACAUUACAAUGCAGUUUCGACGCUGUCAAAUGUGAAUUACAACAAAGAUCUAAGCAACAGUCGGAUCUUUCUCGUACAACAAUGCAGACAGUCGAAAAGGAGAAACUACAGAUUCUAGCUGAAAAAGAGGAGCUCGAGAGACAAUUACAAGAGUUUUCCGACAAAUUGCGCUCUUCAGAAAUUGCUGCAAUGAAAAGAGAGCAACAGUUAAGGGAAGAAAACAGGCAUAUAUUGGAUCGUUUGGAAGCAGCGGAACUUAGGGCUGAGACCUGCACACAGGAAAUCAGCCAAUCAACAAUUCCUCUAAUACGCCAUUUAGAGUCACUUCAGCAGACUUUAAAUCAAAGAACCAAUAAGUGGAAUAAAGAUGAAAAAUGUCUAUUAGCGAAGCUUGAAACGUGUCAAGAACGACUUCAAACAUUAGAAAACAUUGAGGAAACGUCAAAACGUAAGAUUGAUGCAUUAAAAUCUCGUUGCCAAGAAACUGAAGAAAAAUUAGCGCAAGCCGUCAUCCAAGAAGAAAAAACAAAAAUUGCCCUGCAGUUGGAUUUGAAUCAGAAGGAAAUGGAACAUAACAGAAAACUUUCUGAAGCAUUGCUGGAAUUGGAAAAAUCAAAGACAAAAAUCAAAGUACUUGAAGAUUUACAAUAUCAACAAUAUAUAGAUGAUGCUGAAAGCAAGCGAAGUGCAUCAGUUGAGUGUUUGCACAAGGAGAGAGAACAAUCCGUCACUUCGAUGAUCGAGUUAAAUCAUCCGUUGGCGACAGAUGGGAAUAGGAACUCUCCUGCUGCCAGUACCACGGGGUAUUCUCUUGAAGAUGGUGGCAGCAUAGAUUGGCAGCAACAAGAGGACGAUUUAGACUGUAUGACCCAUGGGCGAUCGCUACAUGGACAAGGUGUAAACUUCCAUUACGUUAGUAAUAACACUGCAAACAAUUACGAAUAUUUGCAAUCAAUGCUAAAGCAGAGGGAUGGGGAGCUUGCUCAGGCUCAGUGGGAGCUUUCACGCAUACAGGCCGAAAAAAGUGUAUUACAGGAAGAACUCUCUCAACUUUCCAUUGAAAUGGAAAAUAUAAAAGAGAAAUUAUCUUCUUAUGAACUAAUGGAGGAGAGCUUUAAUGAUUUGCAAACACGAUACGACGCCCUUUUGCAAAUGUACGGCGAAAAAGUUGAACGCUGCGAAGAACUGGAGUUGGAUCUGAAAGAGUGCAAGGAAGCAUAUAAAAUUCAAAUACAGGAGCUACUGGCAAAACUAAAAACAUGAUGCAAUUAUUUAUUUCCUCACUUUGUUUGUAUGUUAUAUUGUGAUUUCGUGAAGACGUUUUUUGUAACGUUACUUUUUCAAAAUAUGUAUAUUUAUAGAAUAAGAUUGUUAUCAUAUAUUUUAAUUUAGUCAAAUAAAAUAAUACACACUAUUGAAAGGAA